AUGUCCGAGGGAGGGCAGAAGAAGCGCUGGGGGAUGGUGUUCGCGCUGUUCGUCGCGUUCGUGCUGUGUAACCUUGACAAGGUGAACAUGUCCGUGGCGAUCGUGCCCAUGGCGGAGUCGUUCGGGUGGACGGCGACGCAAAAGGGUUUAGUCGCCUCUGCCUUUUUCUGGGGUUACUCGUUCACGCAGAUCCCGGGAGGUUGGCUGGCGAGCAAGUACGGCGGUAAGUCCGUUUUAUUCUGGGGGGUUGUCCUCUGGUCGUUCGGUACGCUCAUCGCGCCGUGGUGCGCGGCGCUCGGCAUGCCGUGGCUCCUCGCCUCGAGGUUCUUGGUCGGCCUCGGCGAGGGCGUCGCGCCGUCCGCCGCCACGGGCGUUUUGGCCAAGGGCGUGCCGCCGAGCCAGCGCUCCAAGGCUGUGACGACUGCGUUCGGUGGUCUCGACGUAGGUUCGCUCACCGGUCUGCUCAUCGCGCCGCCGAUCAUCUUCUACCUCGGUGGCUGGGCCGCCGUCUUCUACCUCUUCGGCGUUCUCGGUUUCAUCUGGGGCGCCUGGUGGUUCGCGUCCUUCAUGAACGACUCCUCCACUGACAUGAAGGAAGCGCCGCUUGCCGCGGGCGCGAAGAAGGGUCUCUCCAUCCCGUGGGCCGCCUUCUUCCGCAAUCCGCAAUUCUGGGCGCUCACCGUCGCGCACUUCACGUGGAACUACUUUUCCUACGGCUUGCUCGCGUGGUUGCCCUCCUUCUUGGCGAGCGCCAUGGGCGUGACUUUGUCCAAGUCUUCCUUCCUCUCCAUCCUUCCGUACUUAUCUACCGUCAUCGUGACGGCCACCAUCGCCCCGCUCGCGGGCAAGCUUGAGGCGGACAAGACGCUCACGCGCACGCAAAUCCGCAAGGGUUCCCAAACGCUCUGCUUCGGCGUCGGCGCCGUCAUGCUCACCGCUAUUGGCUUGAUCGUGAACGCCACGCCGGUCGCGGCGGUGACCAACCAAACUAUCGCCAUUGUGAUUGGUCUCCUCUCUGUCACGUUCGGCUUCGCCGCGUUCAUCCGUACUGGUUUGUUCUGCGGGCACCAAGACCUCUCGCCGAAGUACGCGUCCAUCAUGUUGGGCGUGACCAACACGGCGGCGGCGAUCGCGUCCACGCUCUCCACCUUCUUCACCGGUCUCUUCUUGUCCAUGACCGGUGGUAACUGGGCCUACUCCCUCUUCUUCCCGAUCGCGGUGCUCCAGUUGGUGUCCGUGUUCGUCUUUUUGAUUUGGAAGUCUGAUCCCGUCGACUUUGACGCGUGA